AUGCAUUCCCGCGUGUUGAUGGUUUGCUGGCGGCGGAAGCUGUUUUUCCUCGGCGCCGGCUUGCUCUCUCUGCUAGCCCUGUGGUUUUGGGGCUUCCUCUACACGACGCACAUCACCGAGGAUGGCGGAAAGAUCGUCUCCGUGCGGGAGCUAAUGCUUGGCAGUUCACGUGGACGCCACCACGAGGGCCUUCUGCAGCGGUUGGGUUUCCACGAGCGAACCCAACCCAUCGUCGCAGAUGGAGACGCCACGUUCACCGGUGGGCAAGGAUCCGGUGAUCCGAUGGAUGGAGAAGAAGGUGGUGUCAAAUUCGUGAAGCCAACGUUAGAUGGAUCGCAUUCGCUGCGAUCAGCAAAGGGUCGGUAUACGAGCGGUUGGGAUACGAUAAUGCAAGAUCGAGCGGACGAAAGCAGGACACGCGAGACUAACCAGCAACAGCAUCAUCAGCAUGCUAACGAGGCAGGUUCCCGUCCAGGACAGCGGCAUAUUUCUGACGAAAUGCGUAUGGCAGUUGAGCGACAAAGCCACUACGAGCAUGAACUUAAACGAAUGGGCGUCCCGGUGAUCGCCGGGCUUGGUCCGGGUGGAAAAGGUACCCCACCAGCUCAACGACUGGUACACUUCGACCUGAAAGGUGCGCCCCCGAAAGUGUCCUAUCUUCGGCGGAUUUUGCCCAUCUUGAAGACGCUGGGUGCGACCGGUAUCCUGCUCGAGUACGAGGACAUGUUCCCGUACGGUGGCUCACUCAGCCCAUUAGCCGCCCGGAAUGCCUAUAACCGCGACGAGCUGCUGGAACUGCUGAAGACCGCCUUCGCGCUUGGAUUGAGCGUGAUUCCGUUGGUGCAAACCUUUGGCCAUUUGGAGUACGCACUGAAGCUGAAAGAGUUCGCACAUUUGCGCGAGGUUGAGGACUCCCCGCAGGCGUUAUGUCCCAGCUACAACGCUUCGUUGACGUUUGUGGAAGAGCUGUUGACGCAGGUGAUCGAAUACCAUACGCCCGGUUCGAACACGAACCUGCUGCACCGGGAGGACAUUGAGCGAUUGACACCGAAGCUGACGCACGUCCAUAUCGGUUGUGAUGAGGUCUACCGGUUGGCUGAGUGUCCGCGCUGUCGGCAUCGGGUCAAGGAGCAGCUGUUCCUCGAUCACGUGUACAACGUGGCAACGAUCGUGCGUCGGCGCUGGCCACAUCUGCGUGUCAUCAUCUGGGAUGAUAUGCUGCGUCACGUUGCCACCGAUGUCCUGCAAGCGUCCGGCAUCGGGAAGCUAGUCGAGCCCAUGAUCUGGGUGUACGCGGAGGACAUUUAUAAGUUCGUCCAGUCGGCCACCUGGGAGAAGUACGCGUCCGUCUUUAGUACGGCGUGGGCCGCGUCAGCCUUCAAGGGUGCCCACGGCGAAGGCUUACUUCUGCCUCCGAUCCGUCGGCAUCUGGAGAACACGCUUCGGUGGCUUGCGGUAAUGCAGGGUGAGGGCAGCCGAUUCACGCACGGUCUGCAGGGACUGGCCCUAACAGGCUGGCAGCGCUACGACCACUUUGCGAUCCUCUGUGAACUGCUACCAACCGCGCUGCCCAGUUUGGCCGUGUGUCUGUCGACCGCCGCAAAGGGAUACUUCGACGUAAGCGCAAAGACGAACCCGAUACUGAGCAGUCUGACGUGCCCGGAACCGACCGGAGAGCACCACGCUUGGUUGGAGCUGCACAAAGACUCGUUGAUGGUGACGUUCUCACGCUGCAUGUUCCCCGGCAGUAUGAUCUACCGCUUCAUGUUGCGUUUGACGACCGUUAUGGCCGAAACGGGCGAGUACAGUGAGGCGAUCCGCCAGCGGCGCGGAUGGCUGACGGACUACAACAUACGGCACAACUUCAGCAGUGCAGCACGGGUGGACGAUUUGCUGGGCGACAACUAUCGUCUGCUGAAUUCGGUCUCGAAUCUCGCUCGCACCGCGGCCUCUACCCUAGCAGACGCGUACGACCACUGGACAUGGGGUGAGUUUAUCGAGCAGCGCAUUUUCCCCAUGAUGGAGGAGCUCAAGCGUUUGGAACGGGCCGGAAAAGGACUAAGCAAGCGGCGGGUUUGGCCACAGCGCCCGCUACCCUAUCUGAAGCCGUUCGAGGUGCUCGAUAUCGACGAGAAAACCUAGCUACGCGAGUACGCCAAGAUUCCCGUGCUGAACCGCUAGCUCAUUCGAUUAGACUUUUAGAAAAAUUGCGUCUUAACCGGGUUUUUGGAAUUUUGACGCAUUUUAGCACCGACCCCGGCGUUAGGUUAUUAUUAUAAACGAGCUUCUCGUAACCCAUUUUUGGCUUUGCUCCGUUUCGUAUACGAUCGGCCACAUACACACAGAUCGAUCAGCCACAUACACGAGAUCGAAAGCAAAGUGGUCAUCGUCGCCGUGGUCAUCAUAAUCGUCGUCAUACUGCCCAACAAGAAGACUGACAGCCUUGCAGAGUGUUAGGCGUGGGUGAACGAAAGUUA